AUGGGCUUGAUUCUUGCUGCAACUGUGACAAAGAUGGUUUACCCCGAAGAAGAAAUCACGAGGCUUUACAGAGUUCGAAAGACGGUGAUGCAAAUGCUGAAAGAUCGGAAUUACUUAGUUGGAGAUUUUGAGAUCAACAUGACAAGAGAACAGUUCAAGAGCAAAUAUGGCGAAAACAUGAAAAGGGAAGAUCUUACUAUCAAUAAAACUAAGCGAAGUGAUAGCUCUGAUCAGAUUUAUGUCUUUUUUCCUGAAGAACCAAAGGUUGGGGUCAAGACAAUGAAGACUUAUACUAACCGCAUGAAAUCGGAGAAUGUGCUCAGAGCUGUCUUGGUUACUCAACAAAAUCUGACUCCCUUUGCAAAGACCUGUAUCAGUGAGAUAUCUUCAAAGUUCCACUUGGAGGUUUUUCAGGAGGCAGAAUUGUUGGUGAAUAUUAAAGAGCAUGUGCUAGUUCCUGAGCAUCUGGUGCUUACAACUGAGGAAAAGAAGACUUUACUGGAGAGGUAUACUGUGAAAGAAACACAGCUUCCUCGGAUUCAAGUGACCGAUCCAAUUGCAAAAUAUUAUGGGCUUAAGCGUGGACAAGUUGUGAAGAUAGUCCGUCCGAGUGAGACUGCAGGGCGAUAUAUCACCUACCGCUACGUUAUUUAA